UAAACGUGGAGACAAAAGUGUUUCAGUUCGGAUCAAAUUAUAUGUGUGUGCGUUCAGGGUAGUUGAUACUGCAGAUAUCACUUAAUCGUGGACAUACAAUAGUAUCCAAUUACAUUUCUAAAAAAGAAAUAUGAAUAUGUCGGUUAGAAGUAGAUAAGACAGAUCUAUCUAUUAACUUAUUUUCAGCUUAUCUGUACAAGCAGAAGACAGCCUUGACCUAGCGCGACAUUGACCUCCCACGAUUUUAUUCAGUGCGACACGACGCUGUGAAGAAUUGUCAAGUGACAAUUUGUUUUGCUACAGAAUUUUGCAAUAUCGCAACAGUUAAAAUGGGGAACGAUGGUUUAUUUCUUGGAUUCGAUUUUAGCACGCAACAGGUGAAAGUUAUUGCAGUCAAUGAUAGUCUACAAGUUAAAUAUGAAUGUGCUGUUAAGUUUGAUACAGACUUAUCAAAAUACAAUACUCAAGGAGGAGCCCAUGUUAGCAGUGAUAAGAGUACGGUAACAGCUCCUACUAUAAUGUGGAUUGAGGCUUUAGAUAUGGUGUUGGAUAAAAUGAAAAAAGACAGUUUCCCAUUUGAGAAAGUUUUAGCGAUUUCUGGAUCUGGUCAGCAACAUGGAAGUGUAUAUUGGAAAACAGGAGCCCAGAAUACUUUAAAAAACCUAAAUUCUGCAGAAAACCUUAAAGAACAGUUGAAAGAAUCAUUUAGUGUAGGUGAUUCACCAAUAUGGAUGGAUUCCAGUACAACUAGGCAAUGUCAAGAUUUAGAAAAAGCUAUGGGUGGAGCUCAGAAUGUAGCAAAUAUCACAGGUUCAAGAGCUUAUGAGAGAUUUACUGGAAAUCAGAUUGCUAAAAUUUAUCAAACUAAACCUGAUGCUUAUAGUGAGACAGAGCGUAUUUCGUUAGUUAGUAGUUUCGCUGCCUGUUUACUUUUGGGAGAUUAUGCACCUAUCGAUACGAGUGAUGGAUCAGGAAUGAAUUUAAUGAAUAUCAAAACGCUUGAUUGGUCAGAUGAAUGUUUAAAGGCAUGUGCACCUAAUUUACGAGAGAAAUUGGGUCCAGUUGUUCCUUCUACAACUAAUAUUGGUAAAAUAUCAAAGUAUUAUGUAUCUAAAUAUGGUUUUAAGUCAGAUUGUUUGUUGACAGCCUUUACAGGAGAUAACCCAUCAUCAUUAGCUGGUAUAGCACCAAGUCAAGGUGAUAUAAUAUUAAGUUUAGGAACCAGUGAUGUAUUAUUUCUGUGGAUAACAGAACCACACCCAGCGCUUUGUGGUCAUAUAUUUGGUAACCCUGUUGAUACAUCAGCAUAUAUGGCUCUAUUAUGUUUUAAAAAUAGUUCCUUAACACGAGAACGAAUCUGUAAUGAAUUAGCAGAUAAAUCGUGGGAUACUUUUUCUAAAAGUUUAGAAUCUACAAAAAUGGGAAAUAAUGGCAAUAUAGGCAUUUAUUUUGAUGUAAUGGAGAUACAACCCUUAGCAGUGGGUGUUUACAGAUUUAAUGACAAAAAUGAACAGGUUUCAAGUUUUGAUAAAGAUACAGAAAUAAGAGCAGUUAUCGAGUCACAGUUAAUGGCUAGAAGAAUUUAUUCUGAAAUGUUAGGUUUUAAUAUUGGUGAGAAUUGUCGUGUUAUAGCUACAGGUGGAGCAUCUAAUAAUAAAGCUUUAUUACAGGUUGUAGCAGACGUCUUUAAUUCAUCUGUUUAUAUAAAAGAUGUGGCUAAUUCAGCAAGUUUAGGGGCAGCCAUCCGUGCCAAAUACGGAUCGAAGGGUUUCGACACACAAUUCUCAGAUGUAGUUAAAGACAUAGAAGAACCUGUUUGUGUGGCUACACCUACACCAGGAAGUCAACAGGUGUAUGGUCCAUUGUGUGAAAGAUAUAAAAAGUUAGAAGAUCAAGUUACUAAAUUAUGCAGCUCAUAAAGGCUUGGUAUAUAAUCUUUAUGUAUAAAUCUGUGUGUGUGUGGAAAAUGUUAAAGUAAUACAUAAUUAACAAGUUUUGAUUACUCAGUAUUAUUUUAUGUGAAGUAUUGUCUUACAGAAAAUACAUUCUUAAAGUUACAAUUUCAUAUUUUCUAAGAAAGUCAAAACAUAAUUAUUUCUAUGUCUUUGCUCAAUAGGUUGUCAACUCACUAUUAUACGAUCAUAGGUUAUCUUUCUCACACUUAAAAAUCUUCACAGCGGAAAUAAUAACACAAUUACCUCCCUUGUUUUCCUAUUCUCGACCAUGGAAUAGCUAUCUUCAAACAUUUGAAUUUGAAGUUGAAAAUGAUAUUUUUGCCAAUUUCACAACUGGCAAUAGUGAAUUAUAGGAUUAAUAGGAUUAUUCUUUAACAAGGUAAAACUGUUUAUAGAUAUCAUCUAUUUUAGGGCUUUAUUUUAAUACAUUUUAAAAAUAUAACUUUAAAAAUAUGAAAUUGUAACUUUAAAUAGGCUCAACUAUAACAUCCCAUGAUUUUUAUUAUUCAAGAUUGUUUGCAAUAUUAAUAUUUGUAUAAAUAUAUCUUUGUAUAUUUACUCAAUGGUGCAAUGUUUGUAUAUUUAAUAGACAAAAUUACGACGUGCUCUGGCUAAUAACGCAGAUGAGUCUGAAAAUCAAAAUACAACUAUGGGUAAAGGCCUUUCAAUUGAUAUGUGAUGUAUGCAUUUAUAAUAAAUAUUGUUUAACGGGGAGGUAUAUUUAUGUAUAACUAGAAAUCCUGCUGAUGACCUAUGACCAUGAGGUUAACCAUAAGCUUAGGCUUAUAUAAUCCAGGCCCAAACUCAUGAAUUCAUGAUACCCUACCAUAAUAAAAAAAAAACAUGAAAAUUUGAAUUUAUUCGUGCAUUAUCAAAAAUGACCGACAGUGAAAAUUUCAAAGCGGAAGCCCUUAUCCAGGUUCAGGUUUAGUGCACAAAACUGAUUUAUGGUUAAUUUUUCUAGUACUCUUGAUACCAUUUCUUGUUUUAGGCUGUCACGUAUCUAACAAAUUGUUGUGUUUAUUUUUAUUUUUAUAUUUGUAUACAAACAAUUUAAGGUUGUUACACGGGCUGGAUUUAUAUUAAUUGUAUCAUUUUUUACUGACAUUACAUCACUUUAAAUCAAAUGUGCCAAAAUGAUAAAAUAAUUGUUAUAUUGCUAAUUAUUUGUUAAAUGAUUAUAUUGUUGAUGAUUUUAUUAAAUAUUUACCAACAUA